CGCAGGAGGCAGCGAGGGAAGGAGGAAGCAGAGCGGGGCCGACACACGGACGCAGCGGCGGUGGAGGUGGUCGGAUACCGGUAAUCUGUGGACCAGAGGCGGCUGGCUCUCUGACCGGAGAGUGAAUGAGGUUGAUGCUGCUCUGCUGCACGUGGAAGGACGAACGCAUGGGAGAGGAGGAAGCAGGAGGAAGUUUGCCCGUCUGUGCGGGAUGCAAACAGAGGAUCUACGAUGAGCAGUACCUCCAGGCCCUCAACAGUGAAUGGCACACUGUCUGCUUCAGAUGUUGUGAGUGCAGCGCCUCGCUGUCCCACUGGUAUUAUGAGAAAGAUGGACGGCUUUUCUGCAAGAAGGACUACUGGGCCAGGUUUGGGGAGCUGUGCCACGGCUGCAAUGAUCCCAUCACCACCGGCCUCAUCAUGGUCGCAGGGGAACAGAAAUAUCACCCAGAAUGCUUCACCUGCCUGAACUGCAGGGCAUUCAUCGGUGAUGGGGACACGUACGCUCUGGUGGAGAGGUCCAAGCUCUACUGCGGUCACUGUUACUACCAGACCAUCGUCACCCCGGUGUCGCUGCCGGACUCGCCAUGCUCACGAAUCCCUCACACGGUCACACUGGUGUCCAUCCCAGCCACCGCCGAGAGCAACAACGGACGCAGGGGGCGAGGUUUCUCUGUGGCCAUCGAUCAGCCACUGAGCCCGACCAAUGGCUACAGCCCUGAUCAUGCACUCACCAUCAGAGUCUCCCAGGUGGACCCAGACUGCAUCAGUCCAGAUGUGAAGAAAUCCAUUCAUGUUGGAGACCGGAUCCUGGAAAUCAACGGGACGCCCAUUCACAAUGUUCCUCUGGACGAGAUCGACUUGCUGAUCCAGGAGACGAGCCGGCUGCUGCAGCUCACCAUCGAGCACGACCCUCACAGUCAGGGGCUGGAGGGAGGCUCCUCAGGGGCUGAAGAGCACGUGGACGGGCCCCUGUCCAGCCCCUUGUCUGAGGGGCCCAGCCCCGUCCUGCCCAUCACCCAGCCCCCCAACCCCGACAUCAGCAACCUGAGAUCCCGCAUCAUCACGCGGAGCUGCAGCAUUGAUAAAUCACCAGGUUCCAGUAAUGCAGCAUCCCCCAACUCCCAGAGGAAGGACAUCAAUCGAUCAGAGUCGCUCCGCGUCGUUUCAAACCGAACGCACCGCGUCUUCCGGCCGUCUGACCUCAUCCACGGAGAGGUGCUGGGGAAGGGCUGCUUCGGGCAGGCCAUCAAGGUGACCCACAAGGAGACCGGGGAGGUGAUGGUGAUGAAGGAGUUGAUUCGCUUUGAUGACGAGACACAGAGAACAUUCCUGAAAGAGGUGAAGGUCAUGCGUUGCCUGGAGCACCCCAAUGUGCUCAAGUUCAUCGGAGUCCUCUACAAAGACAAGAGACUCAACUUCAUCGCUGAGUACAUCAAAGGAGGCACCUUGAGGGAAAUCAUCAAGAAAAUGGACAGCAACUUUCCCUGGAGCCAGCGGGUCAGUUUUGGCAAGGACAUAGCUGCUGGGAUGACAUAUCUGCAUUCCAUGAACAUAAUCCACCGGGACCUGAACUCACACAACUGUCUUGUCCGAGAGAACAACACAGUGGUGGUGGCCGACUUCGGGCUGGCGCGGCUCAUGAUCGAUGACAAGCACGAGGAGAAGUUUGCGCAGGGUAAACUGCCAGGUCUGAAGAGGCCUGACCGCAGGAAGAGGUACACGGUUGUGGGAAACCCCUACUGGAUGGCUCCUGAGAUGAUCCAUGGAAAGAGCUAUGACGAGAGAGUAGACAUCUUUUCCUUUGGUAUCAUGCUCUGUGAGGUAAUUGGCAGGGUGAAUGCAGAUCCGGACUACCUCCCCAGGGCGAUGGACUUCGGAUUGAACGUGUCUGGUUUCUUGGAGCACUUCUGUCCCCCAGAUUGUCCCCCUGCUUUUUUCCCCUUGGCUGCUGUGUGCUGUGACCUUGAUGCAGACAAACGUCCUGCUUUUUCCAAACUGGGGGAGUGGAUGGACAACCUUCAGAUGCACUUGGAAAUGGGACUACCCCUGGUGUCCGAACUGGACACGCUUCACAAGGCCUUCUGGGAGAACCACAGCAUGGCGCGCCCCGAAAACGGCCUGCACACCCACCCUGAACAGCCGGAGCAGGACUGAACACAAGAGGAGGUGUGGGAAAGUUGAAUUAACGCCACUGGGGUGGCGACCGCCUGCCGCUGGUGGUGCGGUGACUGGAGGUGUCAUGUACAUAUCCCUCCGUGUUUGAAGUAGACCCAGCGGGCUCAGGCUUAACAGAUAGACUCAGGGGGAAAAUGUGGAUGUGAAAAGCCACCUGUGCGAGAUGCACGCACACACAUACAGACACACACACAUACAUAGGCAAGCAUUCAGUCAAAUCAAGAGACAUUAACUGCGAUAGCUUGAUUCUGCUCCACCCAAAGCUUUAGUGGAGCAUGUCAUAUGCAAUCAGAUCCAACUUUCAAAUCAUGACUCCUGAAUCGUGUAGAAUUAACAUCAUGCCUUUUAAAAAAACCUGUAGUUACCAUAGUGUGUGUAUGCACGUGCAUAAGUUAGUCCAAAAAGUGAAACUUCAGCCUCCUCUCUACAGAGCACAUGGUGCAGUCUGUGUUUGCAGGUGUUUCUCUCUGUGUUUGGUUUGAUUUUGCUUUUGGGUUUGGAUCUUAAAACGGAAUUCAUGAAAAUUGCAAAGGAGAGGUGCCUGACUUGUCGCUCAAGACAAAGAGUUUGAGAUCAUGUUGCUGUCCAACUUGUGCACGUCAAACAAAACCCGUUCAAGCUUUAAAUAGCUCACUGAGGAGUGCAUGACUGUAAAUAAUGCCUUCAGGUCAGACCCUGGUUCAUCGUGUCGCUCUGACCUCAGACCUGCUGCCCCUCAUUUAUCGUGUAGCUGACGAAAUACUGAGGUACACAUCACAAAUCUGGUACGUUGCCUCCCCAAUAUUAAGAGCUUUUCAGUGCAUCUCAUUCACAUUCAAGUGGCAACUUAAACUACAUCAUCCAUUUUUACCCUUGUACAUAGCUGGCGACAUUGUAAAUGUUUUAAAUAUUGUAAAUGUACAGACAUAUUUUAUAUACGUACGCUGCAUUGCCAUAUUUUUACUGGCCGACCAGUUGACAUUAAAGGAGAGUGAUGGUUGGGCUGCAUUUAAAGGGGCAAUUCCACUGUGGCAGGUUAGAGGCUUUUAUUAGCAUUUGAGAGAUGAGGAAUCUUAUCACCAUGAAACGUCUCAGUAAAUGUUGCAUUCUGUCAUUUCCUUCCAUCAAAAAUAUACUUCUAAAACAUUUGAUAGGCCCCAUUAUACUGGAUUAGUGUCGGAAAAGAGUUCAAACUAAAUCUGCAUAUUAUGAUCACCUCAGAUUAUUUGUGAUAUGAUGAUUUUGAGGGCAACAGAUCUGUUGUUGAUUAUUACCUCUCAUCUCAUGUACGUGCACAGUAGUUCAGGUGUGUGUGGAUAACAACACAAAGUAUUGUCUUACCAUGUCUGUUCACACAUCUGUCUUUCCUCCUUUGUUUACAUGAAAAUGCUACCUGUAAAUAUCACUGUAUAUACGUGUGUGCGUCCUUACAUCUGUCUGCGUGCGUUGCAUAAAUAAUGCGCUCUCUUAAGAAAUCAUCUCUUCCACUGGUCACAUCUCUCUCUUGCACCUUCUAACACAAGAUUUCUGUCUCUAAUCUAAACAAGCUUUUUAUCUUAAUUUCAAUUUCCUGCUGUUUUCACGAGCUGCAUGAUGCACCACUGUAGGUCUGUCCAGCUUCUGAACCAAGUUUUUUUUCUUUUUCUAACUGAUGUGAUUUUAAAUAAGAAAAAAAAGAAUGGAUAAAAAAAGUCGAGAGAGAAAGCCAGGCUAUAAAGGAAAGACGGAAAAAAAAACAGCAUUUGUUGAUUAAACAUAUAUAUAUAAAUAUAUAUAUAUAAAACCACUGAAAUCUUUUUGUACAGAUUUGAGUACUUUAAUUUGCACUAUCUUACCAAAUGGCUGGUUAAAGCCAUGUUUAUUGAUUUCCUCUCUUGGGCUACUUGUGAUAAGGAAAUAAAUAAUGUCAGUUCAGGUUGAUAUACAUAUGAAUGCAAGACACUGAUAGAGCCUUUCAACUGUAAAAAUGGGAUCUGGGGAAUUUCAUCCUCCUGAUAGCAAACCGGAUUAUAUCAGCAUUAAUAAAUGAUGUUUCUGAUUAUUAAAAUGCAUUUUUGUGCAUGGAUCAGGUUUUUAAAAACCUUUGGCAGAAGCCUUUUUUAUCUGGCGCAGUUUUCAGACGUGAACUCUGGAGAAUGUCCGGACAAUGGGGUUCAAAGUUUCUCUGGAGUUUGCCUUAUGAAAAACCCAGCAGGAGAUCCUCUAGUCGGCCCUUAUCACCAAAAUCUCUCCUUAAGUCUUUGAUGGUGUUUUCUUCAGUGUGUGUCACUGCUUUUUAUCCUGAGAUAUUUGUAUUCCUUUUGGUUUUUUAAAGUUUUGCCUCUGCCUCUGUGAAAUGUCAUCAACACACGCACUCGCUCGCGGUGAAUCUUGUUGAGGAUCUCCUGCUGUGUACUUUCUCCAGAGUUUCUCUGGCCAUCCCCCUGGUAAAAAUCAGAAGAAUGUCUGGAGUCUUUUAAGCCGUUUUGAGACAUGAAUUCUGGAGAAUGUUCACACAUUUGGGUCUGGACUUUCUACAAAGUUUACCUUUCAUACAUGAACAAUGCAACAGGAGAUUCUCUGGUCAGACGCGUUCACAACUCAGAAAUCUCUCUGUAGUGUUCAGGUCAUGGGUGGCGCAACAUGUCUGUGCCUUCUGUGUGUGUGGCACUGCUUUUUUGUGCUGAGAUAUUAGCUUUUUGAAGUUUUGGGCCUGUGACAUGAUAGAAACAUCAUCAACUCGCUUACCAUGAAUCCUCCAGAGGAUUUCCUGCUGUGUUCUCACAUCGGCUCAUUCGGACAUUCUCCAGAGUUUAUACCAGAGGCCUUGCAGGACAAACUCCAGAGAAAGUCCGGAGCCUCUCACUCGAACAUUUGCAUUCUCUCAUUCAGCCCCUCUGGAGAAUGGAGAUUAUCUCCAGUGAAUUUCUGGAAGCAGCUUUAUUGUAAGUUAAAUUAUACACUAGGGGAAAUAUGAAUUAUAUUUUCCAUUGUCCACUUGAAUACCUGCCAAGAAAGUAUGUUUCCUGGUCUCUGCUACCUGGAGGAUGUGAUGUCCCAGUUCUGCUUGCUGCCUACAGACUGGUCCUUUGUGAAAGAUGUCCUGUGUUGUUUCUGACUUGCUUGGUUUCACAUGUGAUGCCCCCAGAGGCUGCAACCACUGCUGAUGAUAGAGCACUUAACCCGGCCUGUCUCACCUCUCACCUUCUCCUCACACUUUUUGGCUCAGGGCCGUAAAAUGUUUCCGGAGCUUACGUCACAGACACUAGGAGCGCAUGUUACCCUCUGUCGAUAUAAACAUAGGCUGAUAACACAACACAUGCUUCUGUAAACCGAGCCCCUCCUGGUUGAUGUGUUCGUCCGUGGGCAUGUAGUGUACGUGAGUGGCUUUGUUUCCGUCUCCAUUCCUGUCGGAGCCAUGUCGAGCAUGUUAGACGCGUCGAUGAGAAUGUCUCAGCAGCACUUCUUUGCAAAGGAUCGUUACCUCUGAACAAUGCUGUGCCUUUGUUGUAAGCUAGCCUUGCCAACGACUCGAAAAAACGUGAACUGAUUUCCUUUUUCUUUUGUUUUAAUGUAUCAUAAGUGCGAGCCUGAUUCAAGUGGACUGAAUAUCAUUGCUGACACUAUGUUGUAUUAGAUUUCAUCUUGUUCUGUAUGAUAUUUAUAUUUUCCAGAUCUCCAUUGCCAGUUUUGAUAUUUUAAUAUUAUAUUUCUUCUGUUGUCUUAUUUAAUUUUUUUUUUACACAAGCUGUGAAAACAAUUCUGCACUUUAAUCCUGAACGUGAACAUAUAGACUCUGAGGAGGCGACUGUUUCUUUUUCCUUUUGUCACAGCUAAAAAUAAAACUGUUGCUCCUUAAACAAA